AAUAGAUUCUCCAGGUUCACUUCUUCCUUCUCCAGGUUCACUUCUUCCUUGGCCAGGGUACACAUCGUUAUGGAGACUCCUCUUGAGAAGGCACUGACCACCAUGGUCACGACUUUCCAUAAAUAUUCAGGGAGAGAGGGUAGCAAGCUGACCCUGAGUAGAAAAGAACUGAAGGAGUUGAUCAAGACAGAGCUGAGUCUUGCAGAGAAGAUGAAGGAGAGCAGCAUUGACAACUUGAUGAAGAGCCUGGACAAAAACAGUGACCAGGAGAUUGACUUCAAGGAGUACUCCGUGUUCCUGACCACGCUGUGCAUGGCCUACAAUGACUUCUUCCUAGAGGACAACAAAUGACCAAGACACCGGCAGCUCCUGAUCCUGCCCUCUGCAGCCCCUUUAACUGCCCCUCCUAUGCCCCCUGCCCUUCUCUUUCUCCCAGAUGGAUUCUUCCAGCAGAGAAAUAAAGCCUUAU